AUGACAAAAGUGAAUGCCUUUAUUACCGUAAUUGAUGAUGUCUAUGAUGUUUAUGGUACCUUGGAAGAAUUAGAACUCUUCACAGAAGCAAUUGACAGAUGGGAUCUAAGUGGCAUGGAUAUUCUUCCAGACUAUAUGAAAAUAUGCUUUGAGGAACUCUAUAACUUUGUGAAUGAAUUUUCUUUUCAAGUUCAAAAUAAAAGUGGAUACUAUAUCACACCACACCUAAAGAAAGCUUGGACAAGUCUAUGUAAAGCAUAUUUGAUCGAAGCAAAAUGGUACCAUGGUGGAUACACACCAAGCCUUGAAGAAUACUUAGAGAAUGCAUGGAUUUCUAUAAGUGCACAUGUUAUACUUACUCAUACUUACUUUUUGAUUCAAGAUUCAUUCAAAAAGGAAGAGUUGGUUUGUUUACAAGAAAAGUCCAACAUAAUUCGGUUUUCGGCAAUGAUUUUACGCCUUGCUAAUGAUCUUGGAACAUACAAACGUGAAAAUGAGACUGGUGAUAUUCCAAAAUCAAUUCAAUGUUACAUGAAUCAAAAUGGAGCUUCUGAAAUUGAGGCUCGUGAGUAUGUAAAGUCCAUGAUAUUUACAACAUGGAAGAAGAUGAAUAAAGAGGCUCAUACUUCCUGUUUCUCUGAAAGUUUCAAAGAUAGUACUAUAAAUCUGGCUAGAAUGGCAUUGUGCAUGUACCAGCAUGGAGAUGGUCAUACCAUUCAGGAUUCAAAAAUUCAGAAUCACGUAAUGUUAUUAAUUUUUAAUCCUAUUCCUAUUGUAUGUAGUACACAAUAA